AUGGCCAAAGCCCCGCGUUCCGCUUUGCUCUUGCUCCUCGCAUCCCUGGCCCUCCUGCGGUGGACGGCGCCUUCCUUCACGGGGACCCGUUCGCCGAAGGUCGCGUUGAAGAGUGCGUUGCAGCAGAAGCUCAAGGCCUUCGGUAGGCAGAAUUCCUGCGUUGCGCGAGCGGCCGUGGGAGUCUUCUAUGCAACACAGACGGGCAACACCGAAACCGUUGCUUCCAAGUUGGCGGAAGCCACAGGUCUGGAAGCCUCGGAUUACGAUGGAGAAGACUUCUCUGAGCUGGAUGGAGUGAUUGCGGGCUGCCCGACCUGGAACACAGGAGCAGAUGAAUACCGCUCUGGAACCACCUGGGAUGACUACCUUGACACCAUCAAGGAGUACGACCUCACAGGGAAGGUCGUCGCUGUCUUUGGUUGCGGCGAUUCCCAAAGCUACGCGGACAACUUCUGCGAUGGCAUUGAGGAGCUUCACAACGCUUUCCAAGCUGCAGGUGCCAAGAUGGUCGGCUAUGUGGAUGAGUCUGGCUACUCCUACGGAGAGUCCAAGAGUGUGAAGGAUGGCAAGUUCCUGGGGCUCCCUCUGGAUGAAGACAACGAGGAUGACCAGACCGAUGACCGCAUCGCAGCUUGGGUGGAGCAGUUGAAGGGCGAGGGCAUGCCGCUGUAA